CCAACUUCCACCUCAACCCAUGUAUCCCCCACUCAACCAACUCGCCCCACCACUACUUCUAAUCCAACACCUACUCCUCAUAUUAAUCCUCCACGACCAUCUCGCACACGACUUCCAAAUCGUAAAUAUAUUGGAGGACCUUUCCUUAAUCAUACAACUCAGCACCCAAUACCUCUCACCUUAGAACCCACCAGUGUGAAACAGGCCUUAUCUGAUCCAAGAUGGGUCGCCUCCAUGGAAGACGAAAUGCAGGCUCUUCAACGCAAUUGUACCUGGAGCUUGGUUCCACCGACCACUCAACAGCCUAUCACCUGCAAAUGGCUAUUUCGUAUCAAACGUAAUGCAGAUGGUAGCAUUGCCAGAUACAACGCUCGCUUAGUGGCUCGUGGUUUUUUACAACAACCUGACCGGGACUAUUCUGAGACGUUUAGCCCGGUCACCAAACCUGCUACUAUUCGUAUCAUUCUAUCUAUUGCCUUGUCCCGGAAUUGGCCUCUUCGACAACUUGAUGUCAAUAAUGCAUUCUUGCAUGGUCAAUUGACUGAGGAAGUAUACAUGGUGCAGCCUCCUGGAUUCCGCGAUUCUAAAUUCCCAUCACAUGUGUGUAAGCUACACAAGGCGUUAUAUGGGCUCAAACAAGCUCCUCGGGCUUGGUAUUUGGAACUUUCACGAUUUCUCAUUUCAGUGGGUUUUAGCAAAUCUAAAGCAGAUAAUUCUCUUUUUAUUUAUUCUGCCCAAGGUGUUCUCAUCUAUUUUUUAGUCUAUGUAGAUUAUAUUGUACUCACAGGAAAUAGCUCAAGUGCGGUUGAGUCCUUUGUGCUCCAACUUACCAAGCGAUUCUCAGUAAAAGACCUUGGCAACUUACAUCACUUUCUUGGGGUGGAGGUAAUUCCCACUGGCACUGGAAUAUUUUUGUCCCAAAGACAAUAUAUUCUCCACAUUUUGGAGACCUGUCGCAUGCAAGAAGCCAAGGAGGCAGUAACCCCUAUGAGUUCUAAAGGGCAAUUUUUUCUCCAGGAUGGUACGACUCCUACUGACCAUACUCAGUAUAGGCGCACACUUGGGUUAUUACAGUAUCUUGCAUUUACACGACCGGACAUAUCCUUUGCGGUUAAUAAACUCUCCCGGUUCAUGCAUGCGCCUACUAAUACUCAUUGGCAGGGUGUCAAACGGGUACUUCGGUAUCUCAAAGGCACUUUGGAUUAUGGCCUCUAUCUUCAUCGGGACUCGCCAUUAAAUUUGUGUGCCUUUUCCGAUUCUGACUGGGGUGGCAUUCACGACGGGGGUCAUUCCACUACAGCUUAUGUACUCUAUCUUGGCAAUAAUAUUAUUUCAUGGAAGUCAGCUAAACAGAAAACAGUCUCACGAUCAUGCACAGAGGCCGAAUACAAGGCUGUUGCAAAUGCUAGUGCAGAAAUGCUAUGGAUACGUAACUUACUUUCUGAGCUCGGGAUAUCCCUUUCAUCUAUACCACGUUUGUUUUGUGAUAAUCAAGGUGCAACUUAUGUGUGCGUUAAUCCGGUUUUUCACUCUCGGAUGAAACAUUUGGCCUUGGAUUUCUUCUUUGUACGUGAGUUGGUUGAGCGUCGUCAGUUGCAAGUUCAGCAUAUAUCCAAUAAAUUUCAGAUUGUUGAUAUAUUGACCAAACCACUUGGCAAGACACCGUUCCGACAUUUUCGAUCCAAGCUAGGAGUAUCCAAUGGAUCCUCUAUCUUGCGGGGGCGUAUUGGAACAUAAUUUGCAUUAAUUAUUAAUUAAUGUAUAUAUUAAUUAAUGUAACAUACGUGUAGAUAAACUUGGUAUCAUCCCAUGUGCUUUGGUAUUAUCCCUAGACUAGCGAUAGUUGGUUAGUCGGCCUUAUCACAUUAGCUCCAGGUCCUAUAUAUACACAUGUACGUACAUAUGUAAUCACAGAUAAAUAUACUCUCAUUAAUAUAUCUCUUUAUAGAGGCACCUUGUUUUUAAGUUUCCGAU